UCUCUCUUUCCCACUCACAAUUCAAUUCAAAUUCAAAACCCUAAUUUCUCUAAUUUCCCUAAUUUUCUUUUCGUUUUCUCAAAUUUUCUCGCGAAAAUGUCAGGUCGUGGAAAGGGAGGUAAGGGAUUGGGAAAGGGAGGUGCAAAGAGGCAUAGAAAGGUUCUUCGUGAUAACAUCCAGGGUAUCACCAAGCCUGCCAUUCGUAGAUUGGCGAGAAGAGGUGGUGUGAAGAGAAUCAGUGGUUUGAUAUAUGAAGAAACCAGAGGUGUCUUGAAGAUCUUCUUGGAGAAUGUGAUCCGUGAUGCAGUUACAUACACUGAGCACGCAAGGAGGAAGACUGUGACAGCCAUGGAUGUUGUCUAUGCUUUGAAGAGACAGGGAAGAACCCUCUAUGGUUUUGGAGGUUGAAGAAGACAGAAGAAACACUCUUUAGUUUAUUUGUUAUUUUCUUUUGCCUUAGACUUGUAAUUGCACAUUAGAAAGCUUCAUUGAUGUUUAGGGUAAUAUGUGACAAUUGAUUCUCAAUUAGAUCGAAGCUUAUUCAGUUUAUUUGAAAUAUAAUGAAAUGAAGUACUUUUUCA